AUGGAUCCUACCGACUCCAGCUCGAGGGGGCUAACUCCAAAGACCGGAAACACGACUGUUUACGAUCUACACUUUGAAAGCCACCUGACUGACCACGGUAUUUUUUUGCCCAAUUCUACAUACCCAGAUGAGACCGACGUCUGUGAACCGGAGAACAUCGCCGAGAUUCAAAGAUGUCUACGAGCCCAUCGUCCGACCCCCGACGAGCAGCUCGUGAUCAAGAAAAUUCUUCCGAUUUUCGACGGUCCGCAACAAGCGUCCUUCCAUGAUGGCGGCAAUCACUUAUUCACAAAUCUGGCGCCGCUCACGAACGGCACCCUCGCUAAUGCCAAGCCUGAUAUUUAUCACGGCGCGCCGCCUUACCAGCUGCAUCCUCGUGUCCGGGAACAGCUCAGUGACCAGAUCAUCCCCACCCGGCAGGGCAACCGUCCCAUCAUGCCUAAUUUCUUCGUCGAGGCAAAGGGCCACUGUGGCUCGCCGUCCGUGCUGCAACGUCAGGCCUUGUAUGAUAGCGCUUUAGGCGCCCGAGCGAUACAUUCCCUCCAGCAAUAUGGACAUGCGCAAGAGGAGUACCGCAGCAGCAGCAACAGCAGCAACCGACCGCAGGAUAACGACGAUUGCUCUGAUCCUGCGCCUGCUUCUAGCCCUACCCAUGAUUCCACUCACGAUAACCACGCCUAUGCGAUCGCUUCUACCUUCCAAAAGGGAACACUGGGAAUCUACGUGACCCAUCCGACGCGGAUUCCGAGCAAUAUUAACCCCGGCGCAGACCGUCAGACGGAUUACGCGAUGACCCAGGUCGGGUAUUACUCCUUGAUCGGGAGUCCAGAAUCCUACCAACAGGGUGUGAGCGCGUAUCGCAAUAGCAGAGACCUGGCGAAAGAAUAUCGGGACGAGUUUAUCAGGCAGGCGAAUGAGCGACAUGAAGCUGGUCGGUCGUUAGGCUCAUGA